CCCGCGUCUCUGUCCUUCUCGUCUUCUUUCCCUUCCUCACUUCACAUUUUCGCACGCGGGAGAACUUCGGAUAGGAAUCUCCACUCUCUCAAAUGACUUUCUGAAUUUGGAUCCUCUCAAUUUGGAGCGGAUUAGGGCGAUUAAUCUCUGCAAACAAGCCGGAUAGAGGGAUUUCGGAGGCCGAGUAGAUGAUUCAGAGUCCGAGAACUAACGCAUCGUCGGCGUUGCCGUCGCCGACGGCGGCGGUAGCGCCGGCGUUGGUUCUGUCUAACUCGGGGAAGAGGAUGGAGAGCGCGGGAAAGAAGAAGUACGUGAAGCAAGUGACGGGGCGGCACAACGAUACGGAGCUGCAUCUGGCGGCACAGCGUGGGGAUCUGGCGGCGAUGCAUAAGAUCCUGAGCGAGAUCGAUUCGCAGAUGACGGGAGAGGCGGGAGGGGAGGAGUUCGACGCCGAGGUGGCGGAGAUCAGGGCGGCGAUGGUGGGCGAGGUGAACGAGGUGGAGGAGACCGCGCUUCUCAUAGCUGCGGAGAAAGGGUUUCUUGAUGUGGUGCUCGAGCUGCUUAAGUAUUCGAGCAGGGAAACCUUAGUGAGGAAGAACAGGUCAGGAUACGAUGCGCUUCACGUUGCCGCGAGGGAAGGCCAUUUAGCAAUUGUGCAGGCUCUUUUGGAGCAUGAUCCGACACUCAGCAAAGCCUUUGGUCCUGCAAAUGUAACUCCUCUAAUAUCAGCAGCCAUUAGAGGUCAUACAGAAGCAGUAAAAUUUUUGCUAGAUCAGGACACUAGCCUACUGGAGCUAUCAAAAACAAAUGGCAAAAAUGCUCUGCACUUCUCUGCUAGGCAAGGACAUGUAGAAAUUGUGAAAGCUUUACUUGGGAAGGAUCAACAGCUUGCACGCAGGACUGAUAAGAAAGGCCAAACAGCUUUGCACAUGGCAGUCAAGGGCUCUAACUGUGAAGUUGUUAAGGCCCUAGUUGAUGCUGAUCCGGCAACUGUGAUGUUGCCUGAUAGAUCUGGGAACACAGCUUUGCAUGUGGCAACAAGGAAAAAGCGAUCAGAGAUAGUGAGCGUUCUAUUGUCUCUCCCAGACAUUCAUGUAAAUGCAUUAACAAGAGACCACAAAACUGCCUUUGACAUUGCUGAAGGGCUGCCUCUUUCUCAAGAGACCACUGAAAUCAAAGAGAUACUGUCACAUUUCGGUGCUGUUCGUGCGAAUGAGCUAAACCAGCCUCGCGAUGAGCUGCGAAAGACCGUCACUGAAAUCAAACAGGACGUUCACACCCAGCUUGAGCAGACAAGGAAGACCAACAAAAAUGUCCAUGGAAUUGCCAAGGAGCUCCGGAAGCUCCACCGCGAGGGCAUCAACAACGCAACCAACUCCGUCACUGUGGUCGCCGUGCUCUUCGCCACCGUGACAUUUGCGGCGAUCUUCACGGUUCCCGGCGGCGACGAUAACAGCGGCAUGGCGGUCACGAUCGGAACAGGUUCUUUCAAGGUAUUCUUUAUCUUCAAUGCAAUUGCGUUGUUCACAUCUCUGGCUGUUGUGGUGGUUCAGAUAACUCUGGUGAGGGGAGAGACCAAAUCGGAGCGGCGGGUUGUAGAGGUGAUCAAUAAGUUGAUGUGGUUGGCCUCUGUGUGCACGACGGUGGCCUUCAUAGCCUCCUCGUAUAUCGUGGUUGGUCGGCGUUCAGAAUGGGCGGCCAUUCUGGUCACUUUGAUAGGCGGAGUGAUAAUGGCCGGCGUGCUGGGGACGAUGACAUAUUAUGUUGUCAGAUCGAAACGCAGUCGGUCGAUAAGGAAGAGGGACAAGUUGUCAAGGAGAAGCACUUCAAGCUCAUGGCAGAACUAUGAGUUUUCUGAUUCAGAGGUCGAUCCAAUUUAUGCUAUUUAGUCAGGAGAUGUCUCAUUUAGGGCAAAUUAUUACGUUCGGUGUCCGGAUUCGUUCAGACAUCAAUCCAGACGCAUCACGUCACCAAAAUACACCGGGUCUCAGUGUAUUUGGGUGAUAUGACGCAUCUGGAUUGGAUGUCCGGACGUCCGGUGACAGGACGUAAUAAUUCGCCCUCAUUUAGGAGAUGAUACCAGAGGAUGGAAGGAAGCCUUUAUAUAUAGAAUUUGUAGGUGAAGGGAAUGAGAGCAGAGCCCUACAAUGGGUACCCAUACCCACACCCACCCAUACCCAAUGGGCAUGAGUGGGUAUGGGUAUGCCCAUAGUUUCGUGGGUGGGCACUCAACAUCAGAGGAUAACCGAUUUACAUUACUAAUCAUCAUAUACAUGCAGUAUAUUAUAAUAAUCCUUACUACGCAAUGCGCAACACUGAACCGCGUCACAACCAUGAUAAAUUUUGAUAUGUGGCUUGAAAGUUUGCAGUCAGAGAAAAUGUCAAAAAACCUCAAGGCCAUUAUUCUAUGACAGACUGCAUUCCAUAAGCGUGGAAAGUGGGUGGGUAUGACAUCCGAAAAAUCACCAUAGGUGGGUGUGGGUGGAAAAAAGCCCGCCAGCACAGAACGUGGGUACCCAACUAGGAUCCCAUGUAGGGCUCUGAAGGAGAGAUUAUUCUGUGCGGAUAUUGGACGAAGAGAAUCAUUCAAUUUUUCUUUCUGUUUAUAAUAAAAGAACAGUCAAAGCAUAGCUGAUACAGUCACUGUACUUUGACUGUGCUUUUACUAUAGACAAAAAAAA